GGAGGCUCUGCGGUGAUUUCCAGCAGAGCUCUAUCCAAAUAAAAAUAGACAUUCAAAUGCUUAACUGAACACUGCACUGCACCAAGACUGGGUUAAUACAUUAUAAUGAUAAAAUAGUACAUUUUAAAGAAAAUGAAUGUUAAAUGUUGAAAGUUCAAUGAAAUCACGAAGACGCACAACUCCAGAUGCAGUGUAAGUUGAAUAUUAACCACGUAUUAAGAGUCCUAUAUUAUGGUCAUAGAUUCUUAGCAUGGCUAUGUUUAGGAAGUCAUCGGUGACACCAUGUGACUGUAGGUAAACACGGAACUAUCUUGUGUGGCCCAGCCUGAACUCUGUAUCUGAAGCUAACGGGUCGUGCAAUCGCUCAGUCCAUAAACUGGCCGAUGCAACACACAUGUUAUGCCUUUGAGGAGUGAACCGUGGAUAUAGGUAAACAGCUGAGACGACACCGCACCCGCUACAGGCAUCCCGAGAACACACAUAUUUUAAUCAAUGGAGAAUGGAGACUGGGACUAUAUGAUGACCAAACCAGUCACCUUAAAUGUUGGUGGGCACCUGUACACCACCACCAUGUCCACUCUUCAGCGCUACCCAGACUCCAUGCUGGGUGCCAUGUUCUGUGGAGACCUGCCCACAACACGAGACUCACAAGGAAACUACUUCAUUGAUCGUGACGGGACCCUCUUUCAUUACAUCCUGAACUUUCUGCGCACGUCAGAGCUCACCCUCCCCAUCGACUUCAUGAAGACGGACCUCCUGCAUAAAGAGGCAGACUUCUACCAGAUAGAGCCUUUGAUCCAGUGUCUGAACAAUCCCAAGCCGCCUUACCCAUUGGACACCUUUGAACAGAUGACCAAACCCGUCACCUUAAAUGUUGGUGGACAAGUGUACUCGACCAGCAUGUCCACCCUUCAGCGUUAUCCAGACUCCAUGCUGGGUGGUAUGUUCCGUGGAGACCUGCCCACAACACGAGAUGCAGAAGGCAACUACUUCAUCGAUCGUGACGGAACACUGUUCCGUUAUAUCCUGAACUUCCUGCGCGCGUCGGAGCUCAUCCUCCCUAUCAACUUCACGGAGAUGGAUCUCCUGCGAAAAGAGGCAGACUUCUAUCAGAUCGAACCUUUGAUCCAGUCUCUGAACGAUCCCAAGCCGCUGUACUCGUUGGACACCUAUGAACAGAUGACCAAACCAGUCACCUUAAAUGUUGGUGGGCACCUGUACACCACCACCCUGUCCACCCUUCAGCGCUACCCAGACUCCAUGCUGGGUGCCAUGUUCCGUGGAGACCUGCCCACAACACGAGAUGUGCAAGGAAACUACUUCAUCGAUCGCGACGGGACACUUUUCCGUUUCAUCCUGAACUUUCUGCGCACGUCAGAGCUGAUUCGCCCUGUCAGCUUCACAGAGAUGGACCUCCUGCGAAAAGAGGCAGACUUCUAUCAGGUCGAGCCUUUGAUCCAGUGUCUAAAUGAUCCCAAGCCUCCCUACCCACUGGACACCUAUGAACAGACGGUGGAACUCUCCAGCACACGCAAGCUGUCAAAGUACUCAAACCCAGUGGCAGUGAUCAUCACACAGGUCACUGUCACCACCAAGGUCCACUCACUGUUGGAGGGCAUCUCCAACAACUUCACCAAGUGGAACAAGCACAUGAUGGACACCCGAGACUGCCAGGUGUCCUUCACUUUUGGACCGUGUGACUACCACCAAGAGGUGGCCCUCAGGGUUCACCUCAUGGACUACAUCACGAAGCAAGGCUUCACUAUCAGAAACACACGCGUGCAUCACAUGAGCGAGCGGGCCAAUGAGAACACAGUGGAGCAUAACUGGACUUUCUGCAGGCCAGCAUAUAAAGUAGAGGACUAAUGUCACCAUGACCUGUGGGCAAAAUAAAGAUGUCCACAAAAGCCAAGCUAUCAUGGAAGUUAUUUGUGUUGAAUAUAUGUACAAAUUCUUGACGGACCACAGUUGCAUCAGGUAUGGUUAGGUAGAAAAAGACACCAAACAUAGAACAUUAUCUGUUGUUUGCAUUACCUGUACCAUAUGUUGUGACUUUGGAAGUUGUUAAUAACCUAUCUUGAUGGCAUCACGUGUAUCCAGAAUUACGAUGUUUCCAAACCAUUGUACCCUCUUCUUCUCUGCCUGGUAUUUCCUCGCCUUUUGUGUAGUAAGUGGUAAACUGUCAAAUAGGAUGAACUGAAAAGAGAACCAAGUGAGAGGGUCCAGAGAGAACCUUUUUGCUAGUUAUGGUGUACAGGAGCUGGUUUUAAAUAUUUAAACCCUACAUUGUUUUACCAUAACUACUUCUCCUGGUAAGUUAUUCCUAAGUAGGGAAGGACUAUGGCUUCAAAUCACUUGGAGUGCAGUGUUAGAUCAUGCCAACAUUUAAAUAAUUUUAGUUAUUUGUGACACCUAUGCUUAAAUGGUAACAUGGAAUGUUUUUUGUCAGGAUGUGUCAAAUGAAAUGCUAGAAAGUACAUCAUGCAAUGUAAAAGAAAGCAGUAUUGCAUAUUGGCUAUAUGUACACAUAGCCUUUAUAUUGAAAUAAAUGAAAGAGAUUUGUCACAACUGA